GGUGCCGGGGGCUCAGCCUAGCUCCGCCGGCUCCCCGUCAGCCCUCGCACGCACGCCAUUGCCCCCUGGAGGACGAGGUGGGGAGCGCCCUGGCCCCGGGGAUCCCGGGCUCCCACCUCUGCCGGCAGCGCCCCGCGGUUCCCGCCCUCCACUGGCUCGCGCCCGCGCCCCCGCACUGCUGCCUCCUGCCUCUCGCUUCCCGGCCACAUCUUCCUCAGCCUUCCAGCCCGACGGACCAUGUCGAGGUUCAGCUGGGGAUACGGCGAACACAACGUUCUGCGUGGGGGUCCCCUCACUGGAAGCUACAGGUUAAGACAGUUCCACCUUCACUGGGGGUCCACAGAUGAUCACGGCUCUGAGCACACGGUAGACGGAGUGAAAUAUGCUGCAGAGCUCCAUGUUGUUCAUUGGAAUUCAGACAAAUACCCCAGUUAUGUUGAGGCAGCUCAUGAGCCAGAUGGACUAGCUGUCUUGGGAGUAUUUUUACAGAUUGGCGAACAUAAUUCCCAAUUGCAAAAGAUUACUGAUAUUCUGGAUUCCAUUAAAGAAAAGGGUAAACAAACUCGAUUCACAAAUUUUGACCCCUUAUCGCUGCUUCCGCCAUCCUGGGACUACUGGACAUAUCCUGGUUCUCUUACGGUUCCACCUCUUCUUGAAAGUGUCACAUGGAUCGUUUUAAAACAACCUAUAAAUAUCAGCUCUCAACAGCUGGCCAAAUUCCGCGGUCUACAGUGCACAGCGGAGGGUGAAGCAAAGGCUUUUUUGCUGAGCAAUCACCGUCCACCACAGCCUCUGAAGGGCCGCAAAGUGAGAGCCUCUUUCCAUUAGAAAUUAUCACCAGCAGACCAUCCCCAACACGACUGUGGAGAGACCACAAAACAUAAGACAAAAGUCCCUACUAAAACCUCCUAGAAUUCCAAUUUAUGGGUACCAUUUUACUGUCAGCUUCAGCACCACAGAGAAAACCAGAUCUCUUAAACUAACUUAAUUCAUCUGUCUCAGAUUUGCAGUCAUGGGUAUUCAAGCAGAAAACAUUGUUUGAUGUGUACUAAACCCUAUAAAAUACAUGUUUUCAACCUGUGUGAAAACAUGGCCGACAUUGCAAACCUCAUAAUGCAUUAAAAGUGUCAUCUUGCCAUAGAGACUGAAUUAGUCUCUCAGUGAUGUUAGGUGGAAAACUUAAAAUUAUUUUUCAAAUGAUAGGAUUGUGAUACUUUUUUCUAAACAAG